AUGAAAUCAUUAAUUGUAACUCAGAAUUGCAGAAGAACGAAAACUAAUCCAGAUCAAAGUUCGAUAGUUAGCUAUUCAACAAAUAAGUCUUGUGUUUCAAGUGAUCGUAAGACUUAAGUCAAAGUUGCUUGUAAAGUAUUAAGCGAGAUGAGAGAAGAUGAAUCAAGUAAAUUAGCAAUGAAAUUCACUUAACUAAGAAUUGUUCUAGCCACUUAGUCUCUAUUGCAUGUAUUACAAAAGUACAGAUCGGCUAAAUUGUAAACAUACUUUUGGAUUAUCCAACAAGAAAGAAAAACUACACCUCAUCAUUGUUUCUAAGAUUUAACUCAGGCAAUAUCAUUACCACCAGGCUUAGAUGAUAUUUCAAAUCAUUAAAAUAGAGUACAAACACAAUAAGACUCAUAUCAGUAAAUGCCUACUGCAACAGCAAUCGUAUUUUAUGAAAUUUUAAACAAAAUUGUAAUGUAACAGUAAAAGUCAACCUUUAAGAGAAUCAAAGAACAAUCCAACAUUUACAAAGCAAUUACAAAAAUAACAAAAUUUAUUAAAUAAUGUCAAAAAAGGUCUUACUAUCUUGCACUUUUCAAUAUUAUGAGAAGUAAUCAAAACAGGAAAAUUUGUAAAAUAAGUGUUCUCGAUUAAAAUCAUGAGAUACCAUCUGAAGAGGAAUAGUAAGAAUAGAUUAUUGACCAUCAUGAAGAAUUUUCAAUUAAGGAAUAAUUAGCAAUUAAAUUUGCAAGUACUACAAUUAUUACUUCUAUCUUAAACGAAAAAAUAAAAAAACAAUAAUUUGCCUUGCUUUUCAAUAUGAUGAGAGGCCAAUUUUAAAAUAAAUAAUUAAGCCUUAUGAGAACAAAUGAGAUUACUCAGAUUUAUGAAUAACCAUAUUUGGAAUAAAUCCUAUUGAAAUAGGUUCUAAUCAUCUUUGUAAUGUAGUCCAUAAUAGAUUAAACGGUUAUCUAUAAGAUAUUAAAACAUUUCAAUUAAAUAAUGAGCUACUUUCUCUAAAUACCUUGA